CAAAACACUGCGCCGGGAAGAGAUGGAGACCGAGAUGGAGACAGAACAAAUAUACCAGGUCGAUGUCGGAAAUCUCUUGGCUUUCAAUCCUAAUCACCGCUUCCCUUCUGCUCCUUCUUCAAGGGAGGAGCUUGUGAAUGAGUGCAUUAGGGAGGGAACAAAACUUGUUCAGGCAAUAGCUAAUACUCUUUUCAACUUUCCUUCUACUGAAACUAAUGAUGGCCCUAUUGUCCAAUUGCCUCCGCCUACAACCAAACUUCCUAGAGAGAAACAUAUUCCAAGGCCUAAGCCUCCUACAAAGUGGGAAGAAUUUGCGCUUAAGAAAGGUAUACAGAAGCGCAAGAAGGAUAAACUUGCAUGGGAUGAACAAACUGAUCAGUUUAAGCGCCGCCAUGGUUACGACCGUGUUAACGAUGAUAAUGAUGUUCCCAUCAUUGAGGCAAAGGCAACAGAUGAACCAGGAGUAGAUCCUUUUGCCAAGAGACUGGAUGACAAAAAGAAGAGAGUUGGAAAGCAAGAAAAGAAUCGACUUCAGAAUUUGAAGGCAGCUGAAAAAGCUGGUGCUUUACCAAGCCAUGUCCAACUUGCUGCUACAUCAUUGCCCAUAUCAGGAACGAAAGCUCAACCAAAGAAAAUUGGAAAGGAUGAACUUGGAGACGUAGCAGGUUUAGCCGCUACUUCAACCGCUAGUGGUGGAAAAUUCGACAAAAAGCUGCCUGGAGAAAAACCUCCUAAGAAGCAGGGCAAACAUCACAAGUAUUUACCGGUUGUAGCAGGACGCGGGGAUGUUAACGCAGAAAAAGAACAGACAAAUAAUGUACUCAGCAAGAUAUUCUCUAAGCAUUCGCAUGAGAUCCUCAACGUUGGCAAGGCGAUAAACAUGUACAACGUCAAGAAGGAGAAGAAGAAGUCAGGAAGGUCAGACAAGUCAGGAAGGUCGGACAAGUUGAAACCUAAGAAGGACAUCACCAAGAAGUCUGCCAACAAAGCCAAGUGAAGAGACUCUACCAUGUCUAAUUUACUCUUCUAUCUGUCUCCAUCUUCUUCUAUCACUAAACAAAUUUUAGGCUC